AUGGCUAAGAACUCCCGUCUGAGCCUCGCCAGCGCCUCUGAUGAGAACUUCACCUUCUGCUGGAGAGUGUUCUGUGCCUGGGACUACCUCAUAGGGAACCCUGAGGCUGCAGAGAGCAAGGGAGCCGCUAUCGUCAACAACAUCAGGGAGGCCAUUGUUGAGGAGCAGGAGAAAAAGAAGGAUACUAGUCUAGCAGUCCUGAUCAGUCUGCGUAUCCUAGCCAACAUCCUGGUCCUUCUCUCUCUGGCUGGCAGCAUUUAUAUAAUCUACUUUGUGGUGGACCGCUCCCAGAAACUAGAGCUGGAGAAGCCAGAGCUAACACUAUGGGAGAAGAAUGAGGUGAGUGUGGUGGUGUCCCUCAUCACCAUGAUUGCCCCGUCUGCCUUUGAGCUGGUGGCUCAGCUGGAGAUGUACCAUCCCAGGACCUCCCUCCGCUUCCAGCUGGCCAGAGUCCUGGUGUUGUAUCUGGGUAACCUUUACAGCCUCAUCAUUGCCCUUCUGGACAAGGUCAACAGUAUGAGUAUGGCGUCAGCUGCUGCAGCUGUAACCGGGGAGACGAGCCUCUCCACCCUCGUAUCCGACAUCUCCAUCUCUGAAAACCACAACAGCACCAUAGCGACCAUUGCCAUGGUGCUGGAUGUCAACACCAGCAUCAGCACCAGCAAGGUCACCAUGGCAACCCUGUACAACCACACUGGGAUGUUUGAGCAGAACAAGCAGAAGAAACCGGACGAGUGCUGGGAGACCUACGUUGGACAGGAGAUGUUGAAGCUGUCUAUCAUCGAUAUGAUCUUCACGGUGGCCAGUAUCCUGUUGAUAGACUUCAUCAGAGGGCUGGUGGUCAGGUAUCUGAGUGACUGCUGCUGCUGGGACCUGGAGAGCAAGUUUCCUGAGUAUGGGGAAUUCAAGAUAGCUGAGAAUGUCCUCCACCUGAUAUAUAACCAAGGAAUGAUCUGGAUGGGUUCGUUCUUCUCUCCCUGUCUGCCUGCCUUUAAUGUGUUGAAGCUGAUAGGCUUGAUGUACCUGAGGAGUUGGGCUGUGCUCACCUGUAACGUCCCUCACCAACAGGUGUUCAGAGCAUCCAGAUCAAAUAAUUUCUACCUGGCUAUGCUGUUGUUCAUGCUUUUUCUGUGUAUGCUGCCCACCAUCUUCGCCAUAGUGAGAUACAGACCUUCCCAACACUGUGGGCCAUUUAGCGGUCAGGAGAAGAUUUAUGACAUCAUCUCAGAGACGAUAGCCAAUGACUUCCCGCUGUGGUUCAGUAAAGUGAUGAGUUACGUCACCAGCCCUGUUGUAGCGUUGCCCGCUCUGCUGCUGCUGUUCAUGUUGAUCUACUACCUUCAGGCCAUUGCCAGAUCCCUUAAAUUCACCAACAACCAGCUGAGGAUGCAGCUUCAGACUGAGAGAACAGAAGACAAGAAGAAGGUAUUACAGCUGGCUUCAGCGAGGCUACAGGCCCCAGAGGUCCCCGGGGGGGACAGGAAGCCUGACCAGCAGGAUGGUGACAUCACCAGCCGCGAGUCGUCCAUUCGCACGCCGUCGCCACGACCCAACGGCAGUGUCACAAACUUCCAGUCGCCCGAUCGUCGUGGCAACGGCAUCCGCACCAUCACCCAGUCGGCAUCGAGAGUCGAGACCGCUAGGGCGACAUUUGCUGCUGGGGCGCCUAGAAGUCCAACAGUGUCCAUACUUCACAAGCAAAGGCCGGAGAUAAUCCCUAACAGACACCCUUCCUACCUGGGGGGCCCUAGCGGUACCUGCAGGUCCAAGUCCUACCAUCAUGUGGCGUACAACCCCCCGACACGCUACUCCUCAGAGAAUAUCCACUCCGACCCACUCUACAGGAAGACCAUCAGGCCCAUGCACUCCGCAGAGUCAGCUGGGAUAGUGACCGCCCAGAGCUACAUGGGCCGUCGCCCCUACACCACGCGCUACGUCAUCGUCAACGAGCACGAAGCUAGGAAAAAGUUGCUUAGAUCAGCCACACGCGUCCCUCGCCACUUCCGAGCGGAGGACCCGGGGGGUGAAAUCGUAGAGCUGAUUCCGCGGAAUACCAAGCGGUAUACUCCAAGGGCUCCGCAUCUGCAUGGGCACCCACACAGGUCGAAUCCGCCGCAGUCACACCUGAGUGAUGAAGAGGAGGAGGAAGAGGCAGGGGGGAAGAGGGAGUCUAGGAGGGGGUUGUUCGGGCAGACUCACCGGCCCCGCUCACUCUCCGACCUCCAACAGCCAGCUCGCUUCUACAUCGGAGAGCGCCUGGAGACCAAGCUGUCUAUGGCGUCAAAAGACAGCCACACUGCUAGGGGGCGCUACGGCGGUGAAGCCCAAAAAGGGCACUGGGAGGAUAUGGAGACGCGCUUGCACUCCCUCUCCCAGACCAGCAUCAGAGGAGCGGAGAUUCCACCACCAGUCAGGCACACACAGUCCCCAGCCAGACACCCCCACUCCCCCAGCAGACUUGUACACUCACCCCCCCAGGGCCCCGGAAGACGCCUGGAGCCCCAGGUCAAGCCCAAGACAUCCAGGUCCAAGCUGGAGCCUUCCCUGACUGAGUCAGACUCGGCCUCUCUGGCCUCCAGUAGCGACCAGCAGAACAGCAGCACAGACCAGUACAUCCAGGUCAUUCACAACAAGGAGAAGUAUCUCAAGUCUGAGGCAAGGCAAGGCAAACUGGCUAAGAAGAAGUCCAAAGCCAGUAUAGAUCUCAACGUGUCUGGGACCAAAGACCUGGUCUGCUCCAACGUGUAG